UUGGAAAAUGUCAGUCUCCUCCCCCUGUUAGCGGGUGGCUGGUAGUAAUAGAGUUUGCACUAGGUGGCAGCUUGAGUUUAGCUUAGUCUUGUUCAGGUUGUUCCUCUGUCUGCAGCCUUCUGAUUUUAUUCCGUCUUCUCUGGUGCUGGUUUUCCUAUUGCAGAAAGCAGUUUGUGCCUUGGAGCUACAUCAGCUAGAAGCGGCAGGUCGGAUGUCAUCUUUCCUGGACAAGUGGCUGUGGCAUCAUGAAUAUUGGCUUCCUCCAGGGAUCACGUGGAAGGAUAUGGAAGAUUCCGAUCAUGCCCGAUAUCCGCGGCCUCGUGAUCUUUUCAUCGCCAUCCCAUAUGCGUUUGUGUUUAUUGCUGUCCGCUAUCUGUUUGAGAGAUUGAUUGCCUUACCUCUGAGCAAGCAGAUGGGUGUGAAGGAGAAAUCCAGAAGGAAAGCCCCUCCGAAACCAAACUUGGAGAAAGCGUAUAUAUCACACGGCACAUGUCCUAAAGAGAAUGAACUCCUCACCCUUUCCAAGCAGUGUGACCUCUCGGUCCAGGCGGUGAAGGUAUGGUUUCGGCACCGAAGAAAUCAGGACCGACCCAGCAUCUCUCAGAAAUUCUGUGAAGCCAGUUGGAGGUUUGCGUUUUACCUGCUUGCUUUUAUUGCUGGUCUCUGUGUGCUCCUUGAUAAACCGUGGUUUUGGGAUCAAAAGGAAUGCUGGAAAGGAUACCCUCAGCAAGUGUUGCUGCCCUCCCAAUACUGGUACUACAUGAUAGAACUGGCUUUCUACUGGUCCCUUGUCUUCAGAGUCUCGUGGGAUGUGAAGAGGAAAGACUUCAAGGAGCAGAUUGUUCAUCACAUUGCAACAAUCUUUCUGAUUGGCUUCUCCUACUGUGCAAACUAUAUUCGGGUGGGAACCCUGGUGAUGCUUGUCCAUGAUGCAUCAGACUACAUUAUGGAGUGUGCAAAAAUGUUGAAUUAUGCAGGAUGGCGCAGGAGUUGUGAUGUGCUGUUUGCGGUCUUUGCUGUGGUCUUUCUAAUUACACGACUUAUCAUCUUUCCAAAUGUGGUAAUUCACACCACCUUCUACCACUCCAUGGAGAUUUUCCAGCCCUUCUUUGGUUACUAUUUUUUCAAUAUUCUCCUGAUGGUCCUGCAGCUGUUGCAUAUAUUUUGGGCCUAUCUCAUUCUGCGAAUGGUAGCCAAGUUCAUAUUUAUUGGUAAGAUUGAUAAGGAUGAAAGGAGUGAUGAUGAAAGUGAUGGGACAGAGGAAGAGGAGGAGGAAGAUGAGAGAAUGAAAACAAAGUCUGCAUCAUCCAAUCACAAUGGUGUGCUAAGUAAAAUGACAAAUGGGAUGAAAAGUAAAUCAACUGAAAGGAACAAGUUGCCCAAAGCCAGGUAGCAGGUAGCUACAUCGCUGAGGAUGGAUUGGGAGCUGUUACUUAAAAACAAAUUCACUUUGCUUUUUGCUGAUGAACACUAACAUCUGCCUGUUUUGAGAUCCACCCUAUGUGUUGUGAAAAGUGUCUGAACUACAGAAUUGACAAAUUGACAAACCGACAACAAUAGGCCCGUCUCCUUCAUGAACUCUGUCAAAGCUCUCUUCGUUUGUCUUCUGUUCCUUAUCAAAACACAUCUAACACAGCGUUCUCAAUUCACUGUUGAGACCUUCGUAUGGACAGACAAUUCAGGAACUGAUCCAAGUAACCUUUUGAUAUUGAAGUAUUGAGUUGAGUUGUUUGGACAUUUUUAUAGAAGUGACCAGUACACUUUUUAAUUUGUUUUCUCUUGACCCCUGCACCCCUAGCCCAUGGUGUCAUUCAUUCCCUUGGACCUUACUGUGUAGUUCUCAUAGUGGACACUAGGUGGUGCACACUUGUAAUCUGGGUGGAUUCUUUGGAAAAGUUUGAACAGCUGAGAGAGGGAACUCCAUGGGAAACUAACAUGAUAUUCCAGAUCCCAACCUAAACCAUUUUUGUCUCAAUAGGCUAAAUAAUUGUAAUGUUUGUUACAAUUUGUUUUUAUUCAGGAGGCAGAACUGAUGAAUUUAUUUGGUGUGUUUGAAUAGUUAAUAUUUAACAUCACAAAUUUUGGUAGUAUCAUUGGGCUGGAAGAAGGCAAAUUUAAAGGGUUGUUUUUGUUUCAAUUAGUUUUGAGAUGCAAUUAGUUUUGGAAAUGAUCAAAGUGCUGCGAUGCAACUGAGAUACUUUUUGCACUUGGGUUAGCAUGUAUUCACAAACGUUGAACAGGAAAGAAUCGUGCUUUGACAGUUUUAAUUCUUGCAGUUCUCCCUCCUCAUCCCCACCCAGUGGUUUCUGUUGUAACCACCCUGUAAUAUGUCAGCACUAAGGAGGGCACUUAUCCCUCACUUCCAGUGCACUGUGGGUAAGCUGGCAUCACAUGUAAUGGAGGUUACUUUGGCUCAUCAAAAAUAAUUUUUUAAUAAAGUUUAAAAUUCCAAUUUCUGUGGAAUUACCACAUUGUACGUGUGUUUCCAGAAGGUGCAAAAGGCAGUGAAGAACAGCAAUCUUUGCUGGUGAAAUGAUGCAGUAACACAAAAUGUCGUCCAGAAAUGAACACUUUUUUUUAAGAUGGGGUGUGAUAGAUCACUGUCCCAUUGCAUGUAUUUGUGGAAUGUCUGAGUGUACCUGCUGUUCAGUUUUUCCAGAUCUAAUCAUCUCAAAGUGCACAUCUUCAAUAUGGAAAUUGUGACACUGUUUGGAUGUUUUGUAUGCGACUGCCAUAAUGCUAUGGGAGAAAAGUCAACAGGGCCAGAGAGAAUCUUGUUUUAAGUUUGGAGACUGUGACUUUAUGAUCAAUUUUAUAAAAUUAGACAUAAUCUGAAUUCAGAACAGUAGAAGAUGGCUUGUUGCAGGACAGUUUGAAAGAAACUCUUUUUGCAAUUAGUAGCAGAGCCUAGAACUGCAUGAGCUAUAACAAAGGAUUGAAAUGAUCCUAUGAUUUUCUCAAUUCAUUAGGGUGCUCAUGUUUGUUUAAUCUUUUUGGAGUUAAAUUUAAAUCAAGACUGAGUGACUUUGUGUAAAUGACAGCCUUGGUUACAGUUUUUGUAAAUAUAAAGCCAAUCUCUGAGUGCACUUAGAUUUCAUUACUGGAACUGAUUGACAGUGUCUGAUUCUACAUCACUUGAUCAUCUCAAGGUUUGUUUUGAAAUAAUAUCUGAAUAAAUUAAAUAAUUUUUUACAA